GCAGCCGGAGGAGCCACAGUCAGCUAGACAGCUCAGAGUGUUGACCGCACACGGGAUCUGUUUUUACUCCGGGACGGAUCGUUUUGUAACGUAUUCAUCAUGGCUCAAGCAAAAAUACAGGCGAAGAUGAACGAAGCUAUCUCGAGCAAGUUCAGUAGGACACUCUCCAUGGCAGAUCGCUCGGGACGGCUGCUGGAAAGUUUGGACCAGCUGGAAAUGAGGGUGGAGGCUUUACGCGAAGCGGCAUCGGCCAUGGAGCAGGAAAGGGAGUGCAUCCUGGAAAUGAUUCAGUCUAUACAGAACAGUCAAGAAAUGCGUAACAUCUGUGCCGGAGAGAGAGAGGAGUUGACUUUAACUGCCGACCGUCUGAUGGGCCGGACGCUGUCCGUGGAAAUCUCCGUUGGGACAAUUAGAAACCCACAGCAGGAGGAGGCGCUAUGCAAGGCCACGUCUAUCAUAGAUGAAGUAGUGAAAAAGUUGCUGGACGACAUGGACGGGAGCAGGCAGAAGCUGCUGGCCCUGCAUGCCGCCUGCGUGACCGAGGCAACCGCCGUUCCCAUCAACCAAAAGUUUCAGGCCAUCGUGAUCAGCUGUGCUCUGGAGGACCAGAAGAAGAUAAAGCGGAGGCUGGAGACUCUGUUGAGAAAUGUUGAAAGUGCUGAAAAGAACAUCAAGAUUAUGGAUCAUCAAAAACUUGAGAACACACAAGAAAAUGGUAGUCAGUAAGACUUCUCACCAAAGCAUAAAAUGCUCACUGAAAAAUAUUGUAACUGUGUACUAACUUUCAGAAUGCUGCUACUUGUAGCAAGAAAAGCGCUUAUGGUAAAAGUACUGUGACGCUGAACCUUAAGCAAAAACAUCAAGUUUUACCAAAUCAUUGUAAUUUUUACAUAGAUUUACUUAAUAUUGGUUGCCUAAUGUAUAUACACUAUACACAAUGUGUGUUCACGUAUGCACCUAGAUGCAAUGUGCCACUCAAGAUUGGAUCACAUUAGAACAUCCAAUUCUGAUAAUAUAGCCUCUAAUAUGUCAGCAAUUAUUUUUUUUUUUUUUUUUAGGUUAUACAACAGUGUGACUAACAAUUAAACAAUAAUCUUUAUUCACAUGCCAAAGAAACUGAGUGAUUUGGCAUCUGGACUAACCAAUAAUGAAUUAAAUAAAGCAAGCUCUUUUUCAGUUUCACUGCCUAACUUUUAAAAUUGAGUAGUUGGUACAGAUUUUGUAUGUGCAUGCACUACCUCUUUGUGUGAAAGCAACACAAGACACAUGGAUUUUAGUUUGUAUUUGCACAUAGCAGUUUUUAUUUCAGAUCACGUGUCAAAAAAGUUGAGUCUUUAAAUAUAUGGUAUUUUUCAGCAGUCAAGCUACUAGCUGGCUUUCCUUGGACCUUCUCAAAGUUUUGAUGUGAGUGCUGUGGUAGGCAGUUCAUUAUUACUUUGGUACUGAUUUCUUUUUAACCAUUAAUAAGAUGGAUAUUAUAUUCCUUCAUAAAAGUCAUUUUUAAGAAGGUUCUGCUAUGAGAAGAGUUGAUACUAAAGAGAAAUGCUUCCUCGGUUUUGAGCUGUGCUGAUACAUCACAGUACUGACAAGAACUACCACUGAAUUAAAUGUGUAUUCUUUCAA